CACGCCCGACCUAGCCCACCUCGUCACACCUCCUUCCCUCUGCCUCGCUUAACGCGAAGGCCUCGCCCCUCGACUGGUUUCGGUUCAAGAGUUCAUGCUAACGCUGACUGUCCUACACGAGCUAGAGGUGGACGAUAUCAUCGCCGCUGGAAUGUCCCUUGGUGCCUUUGGAUUGAGCGUGUUUGCGCCCCUUGAACCAAGCUGACAGGGCUCGGGAGCAGUGUUCAUCGCCGGCAGCAAGUGAGGAUCAGAGGAAGAGAGGGGUUGUGAAGAAGAUGGUGUUGGACGUUUUGAGCUCUGCAGUGCCUUCAGAUGUCACAACAUCUCCACCACCGGUGGCGCAACGGUCCGACAGGGAAGCUCAGCCUGGCGGGUCUGGAGGUAGCAUCUCUGAUGGGCCCGGGACUAGCUCUGCCACAGAACCAGUGUCAGAUUUGAGUGAUUCUGGAGAAGACGACGUGCUAGCCAAGGUGGACGCGCGAGCUGGAGAUGGAGAAGAGAGAGAAUACACCGGGUGCUUUGAGGGACCGGAAAAGACUCUGGAGGUGUGCUUCAAGCCAAGCAUUGGAAACCCGCAAGGCUGUCGAGCAUUGACUAGGCAAAGCUUGGACCGCAUGUGCUCACGCGCAAAGUGCACCAUUCUUCACCAGAUCUCCAACGACUAUCUUGAUGCGUAUGUGCUGUCGGAGAGCAGUCUCUUCGUUGUCAUGAAGACGUGUGGAACAACGACCCUGCUGCGUUGCGUGGCUACACUCUUGCAAGCAGCGCUCGAGCAGCAGGGCUUGGUGCUGGAGUGGAUGGGUUAUUCACGCAAGAACUUUACCUUCCCUAGCGAUCAGCUAUUUCCCCACUCCAGUUUCGAGCAGGAGCUACAGUAUCUACGGGCGCACACGCACCUUGAACAGCGGCUUAACGGUGCAGGCUAUGUUUUGGGUCCAGUGACUGGGGACCACUGGUUCGUCUACAUCGCAGAUAAGUGCGACCGCCCAGACUACACCGCAACGGACCGCACGAUAAACAUGAUGAUGUUCGACAUGCAUCCGGACACAGCGAAGCACUUCUACAAGGAGGCAUGCCCAACUGGCCGAGAGAUGACAAAGAAAACUGGGAUCGCCGAGCUCGUACCUGGAGCUGUUGUGGACGACUUCGCGUUCGACCCAUGCGGGUAUUCAAUGAACGCCAUCUUGUACGACUCGUACUACACAAUCCACGUCACUCCGGAGGAAUCCUGCAGCUACGCGAGCUUUGAGACGAACAACCCCUUCAAGUCGUACAGAUCAAUUAUCAACAACGUCCUGAACGUCUUCCGGCCGAAGCGAUGGGUGCUCACCAUGGUCGCAGACAAAGCCGGGCUAAACACCAUCACGGAGAAUCCGUUUGAUGUGGAAAAGAUUGAACUGCCGCUCCGGAAGGCCCAAUACAUCCGCACAUCUGUGUGUUCCACUGUCGUUGAGGGAGACUGUGUGUGCAUCAUGGGCGCCUGGGAUAUGAGGGACAAGGGCGUGCCCACCAAAGGCGCAGGUCGCCCGCGCACAGUUUCCCUGGCGUGAAAGAAUCCCCAAGCGUGUUUUUGCCUGUGCAUGAAAUUUCUGUUUUCAAUUUUCGAUUAGCAUAGCUUGCGCCCGUUGUGCAUUCAGUGGCAGGUGGUCCUCACGAAUCAGUUAGCUUGUGUCUCCAAAGAAGUGGACUUGUUUGUUUUGUCACACCUUGGCGAGAACGAAGACCCGCCGAAAGUACAGUUUUAGGGGGUAUACAUAAUAUAGAAGGUAACGGCCUUCCACAUGUUUCUCCCUUUCAAGGGCAGAACCGUAGUUAGGUGCUAGUCGGCAAGCCGGGGUCGUCAUAGAGAUUUUUUCUGCGUUUUCCCCGCAUGCAUAUUGCAGCCAUCUGUGCCUGUAGUACUUAUAGAGUGUCCUGACCACGGGGAGUGUCCGUAUCCGAGGUGGCAGCUGCUUGAAAAUGGGGGGCAUGCACGGGUGUGUGCUGGUAACCACAUCAUCGAUAACUUUAGUUCUUCGGUAAAGCAGGUAUCCAUGCAUUACGGAUUGAAUAUCGAGCUUGGUGCUGGAGGUAUCCAUGCUACCAUAGGUCGAAAUCGGCGUCUCCUCGUCGAAGGGGUUGAAAUUACUGAACCUCUCUGGACCGGGAUCGGGUCGUGUUGGUUGCAACGGCGAGGCUUGAGUCUGUAUCACAAUCAUUUGUUCCUCCACCCGCAUCAUCAGACGAAGAAAAACAAAGGAGCACGGCUCA